GCGGGCAGCAUGGUUCACUCCAGCAUGGGGGCUCCAGAAAUAAGAAUGUCUAAGCCCCUGGAGGCCGAGAAGCAAGGUCUGGACUCCCCAUCAGAGCACACAGACACUGAAAGAAAUGGACCAGACACUAACCAUCAGAACCCCCAGAAUAAGACCUCCCCGUUUUCCGUGUCCCCAACUGGCCCCAGCACCAAGGUGGGCAUUCUCUCUGGCCUCCACUUAACAUUCUGGGGUCCCGGACCCUGCCUCUCUCCCCCCCAGAUCAAGGCUGAAGACCCCAGUGGCGACUCAGCCCCGGCAGCACCCCCGCCCCCCCAGCCGGCUCAGCCGCAUCUGCCCCAGGCCCAACUCAUGUUGACGGGCAGCCAGCUAGCCGGGCUCACGGCGCUGAUGCCAGCACAGCAGCAGCUCCUCCUGCAGCAAGCGCAGGCCCAGCUCCUGGCCGCCGCCGUGCAGCAAUCCAGUGCCGCCGCAGCCGCCGCCGCCGCCUCCUCCACCUCCUCCUCCUCUUCCUCCUCCUCUUCCUCCUCUGCCUCCUCCUCGACCUCGCAGCCCCCAGCCUCCUCUGGGGGAGGCGACCUGCCACCACCACAACCUGCCAGCCAACCCCCUGGGACCCCACAGCUCACCCUGUCCCAGCCCAUCCAGCUCACAGCACAGGACAUACAGCAGCUCCUCCAGCUUCAGCAGCUGGUGCUUGUACCGGGUCACCACCUCCAGCCACCUGCUCAGUUCCUGCUGCCACAGGCCCAGCAGAGUCAGCCAGGCCUGCUACCGACGCCAAAUCUCUUCCAGCUACCUCAGCAAACCCAGGGAGCUCUUCUGACCUCCCAGCCCCGGGCCGGGCUGCCCACACAGCCCCCCAAAUGCUUGGAGCCACCAUCCCACCCCGAGGAGCCCAGUGACCUGGAGGAGCUGGAGCAGUUCGCCCGCACCUUCAAGCAACGCCGCAUCAAGCUGGGCUUCACACAGGGUGACGUGGGCCUGGCCAUGGGCAAGCUCUACGGCAACGACUUUAGCCAGACGACCAUCUCCCGUUUCGAGGCCCUCAACCUGAGCUUCAAGAACAUGUGCAAACUCAAGCCCCUCCUGGAGAAGUGGCUCAAUGACGCAGAGACUAUGUCUGUGGACUCAAGCCUGCCCAGCCCCAACCAGCUGAGCAGCCCCAGCCUGGGCUUCGACGGACUCCCCGGCCGGAGACGCAAGAAGAGGACCAGCAUUGAGACAAAUGUCCGCUUCGCCUUAGAGAAGAGUUUUCUAGCGAACCAGAAGCCUACCUCAGAGGAGAUCCUGCUGAUCGCAGAGCAGCUGCACAUGGAGAAGGAAGUGAUCCGCGUCUGGUUCUGCAACCGGCGCCAGAAGGAAAAACGCAUCAACCCCUGCAGCGCAGCCCCCAUGUUGCCCAGCCCGGGGAAACCGGCGAGCUACAGCCCCCAUCUGGUCACACCCCAAGGGGGUGCCGGGACCUUGCCAUUGUCCCAAGCUUCCAGCAGUCUGAGCACAACAGUUACUACCUUAUCCUCAGCUGUGGGGACGCUCCACCCCAGCCGGACAGCCGGAGGGGGUGGGGGCGGGGGCGGGGCCGCGCCCCCCCUCAAUUCCAUCCCCUCUGUCACUCCCCCACCCCCGGCCACCACCAACAGCACAAAUCCCAGCCCUCAAGGCAGCCACUCGGCCAUCGGCUUGUCGGGCCUGAACCCCAGCACGGGAAGCACAAUGGUGGGGUUGAGCUCCGGGCUGAGUCCAGCCCUCAUGAGCAACAACCCUUUGGCCACUAUCCAAGCCCUGGCCUCUGGUGGAACCCUGCCCCUUACCAGCCUUGACGGCAGCGGGAACCUGGUGCUGGGGGCGGCCGGCGCGGCCCCAGGGAGCCCUGGCCUGGUGACCUCGCCACUCUUCUUGAACCACGCUGGGCUGCCCCUGCUCAGUGCCCCACCUGGCGUGGGCCUGGUCUCCGCAGCCGCUGCAGCCGUGGCGGCCUCCAUCUCCAGCAAGUCUCCGGGCCUCUCCUCGUCCUCCUCGUCGUCUUCGUCCUCGUCCUCCACUUGCAGUGAGGCGGCAGCACAGACCCCUGGAGGCUCCGGGGGGCCCGAGGCAGGGUCUAAGCCUGAGUGAGGGCCCACCUUGCCUCCCCUCCUACUCCUCUGACCCCCACCUAAGUCCCCCGCCUGAGAAGAGGGCGAGGAGGCCAGCAGUGGUGGCGCAGAGGGUCCUUGGAGCCGGAGUGACAAGGAAGGAAAGACCAAAAAAACAAAACAAACCCAACUAACCAAAAAAAAAAAAAAAAAACCAAACAAACAAAAAAGAGAGAAAGAAAGAAAAUGAAAGAAAACAACCAACAAAAAGAAACCAAAAAUAAUCACAACAGAAACCAGCUGCCCCAAAGGAACCAGAGGUGAAAAACAAAAACCAAAAUCAAAAAAAAUCCCCCACAAAACCAAACCAAAAACCAGUUGCGAGCCAGACCUCAGUGUGCUCACCCUCACCGCUAUGACACCAAAUAAGAACCCCAGCCAGGGGCAGAGAAGCCUCGGCAGGGCGGACCUCUCGCCGAGUCCCUAGCUGGGGGGCCAACCCCCAACCUGGUCUCCCCCAGUGGGGGCCAGAGAAGGCAAGAGAAUGUGCCAGCCUCCAGCCCCAGCCCCUAGCCCUGGGCCAGCAAAGACAGGGCACAGCAGCCUGGGGCCAACGGGGUGGGCUCAGAACCACCCGCCAAAUGUUCUUUUCCAGAAGUUGAAAGAGAAGGGGCGUGAACAACCUUACACCAAAUAUUCAGUAGCUUCAUCCAAAGGAUGUACAGAAUUUUUAGCGUUGCGCUCAACAGAAUGUGUCCCUACCAUGUGUCCCCCUCUCCCUUGGCCCCCAGCUCUCCCUACUUGGGCAGGGGGGUCUCGCUUUAACCUCCUCCCUCCCCCAGCCAGGGGAGAGUGCAGGGGCAGGCCUGGGAUGACUUUUCACCCCUUGUACCUCCCCCUUUUCCCUCUGAAGGGUGGGCUAGGCCGUUUUGAAAAGUUCUAGCUCUCACACGUUCGUUCCCCCCUCAACCCCGUCACCCUCUUCUGCUCUGGAAUCCACUCCCUUCCCCAGCCCAGGGGAAGGUGGAAGCUUCGGGCAAGAGGGAUGAGGUGAGGGCAUUCAAGUUGUCUUUUUCCCAUUCUCGUCUGUCAGUUUCCCUGAAAAAAAAAAUUCAUAUUCCAGUGCCUAUCCGUGGGAUCUUUCACGUUCUUUGACAUUGACCAGAAACCAAAAAGAGAACUCACCUCGCUCUUCCCACCCUGUGCCCCUGAUACUGGCAGAUGCCUCUUCCCCCUCCCCACCCCACACACAUGUACACACGCACGCACCCCAGUGGUGGGGUUCCUCGAGGUGAUAUCCCCAUCAGGGUCCACGUGGCGGGGACAGUGCCAUGACCUGUGGUCCCCAUCCGAGAGGGCACUGUGGUGGCCACCACUCCCACGAGACCUCCCUUGAGUCUUGGCUGGACCCCGUGUUUGCCCAGCCCUGGACACGUCUCAACAGACAGAGGAGAGACGCCGCUGGGAGCCACUUUGCCCUCCUGCUAUUGUGGAGGCCAACAAAGUUUUGAACCAAAAAAAAAAAAAAACAAAACAAAACAAAAAAACAAAAACAAAAAACCAAACAAUAAAUUAAAACUAGA